UUACACUCUGGAGACUGAAAUAGACGUCACUGGUCUUGUUCCAGACGUUAGGUACCGAGUGUUUGUGAGAGCAGAGAAUGAGCUCUAUGACGUAGACAAUACCACGUCGAGGAGCAACAACAUCACUGUCACCUUACCUGAAGGAGUUGGCGGUACAGUGGAGUUUGCAGGAAAUAAUGUCGGCUCAAGUAUCUUCCUCAACCAGCUGGCGUGGGCUCCUCCGGACCCUCCCCAAGGAGACAUCAUUCACUACAACGUCAGGAUCACCAGUGUUACCAAUGAAUCUGAGAUUUUUGUACUAGUGGAAGGGGUAAAUGAUACCUUCCUUGAUGUGAAACCCUUUGUCCUAUCAGAUGGGGAAUAUUUCAUCCAGGUAUGCAUUUAUUAAAUGCAAUGUGAAAUUUUGCUGUGCAGUUGGGAGAGUGUAUUUUGACUAUUAUGAUUGUUAAACAGGUUCAAGCUGUAACGAAGGUAGGAGGAGGGAAUUUUUCCACCCCUGUCAUAGUCACAGUUCUGUUUGGAACAACCGAAAAUGCUACAACAGCCACGAAUCCACCUGUAAUUCAGUCGGCAAAACAAGAUGACACCGUGCUCUUUAGCCUCGCUGUCCUGCCAUCAUUCAUCAUAGUUUCAGUAGCUAUAGCUGUGUUUUCUCUCCUUUACUACCGAAGGUACCGGCGAAGGAAGAUGAAGAAAAGAAGAUUCAGGGAAACAAUUGCCAACCAUCAGAGUCAGCUACAGCACUCAACAUCUCAGCUUGUCACACCAGAUGAACCAACGGCGUGCCAGCGAUUUGAAGCCUUGUCUCAGCAAAGAGAGAGAACAAAGAGCAACAAGUACAUUUUUGGAUCAACUCUAGUGGAAAAUUCAGCCUUAUCUCAACUGGAGAGUCUUUCUCAGCACAUACCAAAAGAGAUACUUCUCACCCAAGACAAUAUCCAACUCUCAAAUGUGAUUGGAGAAGGUGAAUUUGGACAGGUGUACAAAGGCUACAUGAAAACAAAGUACCAGACUGAUGUAGUAGCUGUAAAGACUUUGAGAGCUCUGAGUUCAGUGAGUGAGGUGAAACUGCUCAUGAAAGAGAUAGUGAAAAUGGUCAACUUUGACCACCCCAAUGUGAUGACACUGACUGGAGUCAUCCUAGUGGAGGGUGGAGCUCCUCUCCUGGUCAUGCCCUACAUGGUGAAGGGAACUCUCCUCACAUACGUCCGUGAGAACAAGGACCAGUUCUUUGUGGAAGAUGACAAUGCGGAGGCUGCAGAUCAGGUGGAUGAGAUUUCAAAAACUCUCAUUGAAUUCUCGAGACAAAUUGCACUUGGAAUGCAAUACCUGGCAAAGAACAAGGUUGUACAUCGUGAUCUGGCAGCAAGGAACUGUCUGCUGGACAUGUGUGGGACUGUCAAAGUGGCUGACUUUGGUCUGUCAGAGGACAUGUAUUCCACCAACUACUUUCGUCAGGGAAAAAGCAGUGUUGAUGCAGUUGAGACAAAAGUACCCAUCAGGUGGAUGCCUCUUGAGAGCAUUGAGGAGGGCCUCUAUAACGAGAAGAGUGAUGUGUGGUCGUAUGGAGUGACAGUGUGGGAGAUAUUCACGUGUGGGAAGGUUCCCUACCAUGGCAUCAGCUGCAUGGCUCUCCCUCGUCUCCUCCGUGCUGGAGAACACCUCGAGAAACCCUACAACACAGCCUGCUCCGAGGUACUCACUGCUGGUGAACUGUUGGAAUGCUGUUCCACAGCAAAGGCCAAGAUUCUGUGAAAUUGUGAGCAAGAUUGACGUGAUGAUGGAGGAAAAGUUUGGGUAUCUCAGGAUGAACACUAACUGUAGCUAAAUUAUUUUCUUGGAUAAUAGUUGUAGAAUACGUCGCCUUCCACACCAUUCUUUUGACAGAGUUGUAUUUUUGUACCUUAAUAAUAAUGACUGGUCUGCCUUCUUUGUAAAUAGGUAGCUAUAGACACCACAAAAUUAUUACAUUAUAUAGCUACAUCUGCAUUUGCCAUGAUCAGUAUCUAUGCAAUGCUGUUACGUUUUCAAUUUUGUGAGGCACAAUUGCAAAGC